GGAUCUUGUAACACGUAGCAUCACGUUAGUUAAUGUGGUGGAGUAUGAUAAAGUUUUAUCACAUCUAAUAUCUUAGCGAGAUAGAAAAAGUUGAAGUUAUAUUGUAUUAUAUAUUAUAUAUCACAAACUUGAAAACACUAAGUACAUUCUGUAGAUUAUACACUAUUUCAUCAUGGUUAACAUUAAUACGAGAGUAUUCUUUGACAUCGAAGUUGGUGGGCUGCCUAUGGGGAGAAUAAUCUUUGAACUUUUUUCUGAUAUUUGUCCUAUAACAUGUGAAAAUUUUCGUGCUUUAUGCACUGGAGAAAAAGGACUUGGAAAAACAACAGGCAAACCAUUGUAUUAUCAAGGCAUCGUUUUCCAUAGAGUUGUAAAAGAUUUUAUGAUUCAAGGUGGAGAUUUCUCAGUAGGCAAUGGAACAGGUGGCGAGUCAAUUUACAAUGGUAUAUUUGCAGAUGAAAAUUUUAUUGUAAAACAUGAUAAACCAUUCUUAUUGUCAAUGGCAAAUCGUGGCAGAGAUACUAAUGGUUCGCAAUUCUUUAUUACAACACAACCAGCGCCUCACCUCGACAAUGUCCAUGUGGUUUUUGGAGAAGUAGUAUCUGGGCAAGAAGUCGUUACACACAUCGAAGGACUUCCAGUGGAUCGUAUGUCACGUCCAUUACAAGAUGCUAAGGUUGUAAACUGUGGAGAAUUAAUCCUGAAGAUAAAAAAUAAAGUAAAGAAACGUGAAAUAAAACAGAGCAGUUCAUCGGAUUCGGAAUCUGAUUCUUAUGUCGAUAAGGUAAAGAAAAAGAAGAAAAAUAAGAAGAGUAAAAAGAGGACAAAGCCAGAAGAUGGUGAAAUUCGAGACUCUAAUGAAGAAGAAGAUAAUGGACAACCUCAUCCAUUAGUAUCAGUCACCAAAAUUGACCCAGAUGAAAUACCAGAAGUACCAGCGAAUAAAUUUUUAUAUAGAGCGGGACCUACCAAUAAUGCAAACCAAAAAGAAUUUAGACAGCAUUACGGUAGAGAUCGUAUACGGUCUCAUAGAAAGGCUGGUCGUAUUUUUAAAGGGAGAGGAAUAUUUCGAUAUCACACGCCCUCUCGAAGUCGUUCCAGAAGUGUAACACCACCUCAUUGGAAGCAAGCUCAGAAUCGUACUAUUAAACUACAUGAAUUUCAAAAAAUAGAGAAAGAGCGUAUGAAGAAAGAAGAAGAGUUGAAACAACGUGAAACUGAUAGAAUUAGAAGAUUUGGAGAAAAUCCCGAAGAGGACAAUCAACUUCCGAAUAAUCUAGAUAAUAUAUGCACAACGGAGUUAAUGGAGAAUAAAGAAAACGAUCAAACGGACAAGGCAGUGACUAUAAAUAAAAUAUUACAACAACAAGGCGAUAUUAUGAAGAGAAAUGCAGAGGGAAAUAAUAUUAUUACGCAGAAUAAAGAAGAGAUUAAAUAUAAUAAGAGUGAAAAAUCGGUGAGGCGUGGUGUUAAUCGAUCUUACAGCGAUAGAAGCUCCCGACGUAACUCACAAGACAACAGAAGACGCAGACAUUCUCGAUCGAAAGAUCGCAGACGAUCUAAAGAAAGAGACUAUGAUCGCAGGGGGAAUCGUGAUAGGAGAAAUCGGAGAAAUUAUUCUCCUCGCAGGCGAGAUUUUCAUAGAAUCAAUAAGACCGAAAAGGAUCAUUAUAAGUACUACGAUAAACGCAACGAUCAUAGACGUUCAAAUAAUUCGAAUUCUUAUCAGGAUAACGAUUUUAAUUCUCGCUAUGACAAGAACAAAUACAAAAGAAAUGAUAAUAACGUACCGGAUACAAUGAAUCAACCGAAAUUUAAACGUCGUUCGCGUUCAAGCACUUCCAGUAGCCAGCACUCCAAAGAUUAAUCUCUGUCGCUUCAUGUCCUCCCGUUCCCCGCUUUUUAUUGAGCACGAGAAAUUCUGUAUACUAUCGAUAAAGUCACUUAUAUUACUAGUUUGCAGAUUGAUAAUACUAUAAAGUGGUAUAUAUAUAGACCGAUUCCCUUUUGAUCACUUAUUCAUGUCUAGUGUGCAUUUUUCAUCAUUGAAAUUUACAAUAAGAUCGAUCUACAUAUAAUCUUAUAAAAAAGUAUCUAUAUUUCGAAUCUUCUCUACCUCUUAUACUAAGCUAAAGCUAUUCUUGUUGGAUUAUAUUGUGUUUAAGAGAAAAAUCUUAAGAA